AUGAAAGAACAAGAGCUAUUAAAAUGGUUUCAGAAUGAUGUGAUUCCAUCUAUACUCUCUUAUUUUCAUUCCACAAAAAAAUAUAUAUCACCACAAUGUGAGUCCUGCCAUUUUGAAAAUAUUCAACAAGGAAUUGAUAAUUUUGCAUCGAAUCCAUUUUUCGGAGAAAUCACUAUAAAAAAUUCAAUAGGCUCAUUUCCCAUUUCAUUUUUCAUUAAAUUUCAAAACCAGGAUCCAAUCAUCAGAGAAAAAAUGAAAACCGUCGUACAAUUUCAAAAUGAAGUUACAUUUUAUACAAUAGUGAAAUCAAAUUUCAUUCAAUUUCUUACCGAACAAGAUAUAAAUACUGAUUUUAUAAAUAAUAUUAUUCCAGAAUGUUAUUAUGCUUCUAUCGCCAAAAAUAAACCCGAAGAAUCUAUAAUUGUUUUACAAGAUUUAAGAAAAUUAGAAUUUAAAACGGCUGAAAAUAAAGUGGAAUUAGAUUUAAAUCAUUGUUUGAUUGCCUUAGAGCAAUUGGCAAAAUUCCACGCCAUAUCUUUUGCCAUGAAAUAUCUAAAUUGGCAAAAUUUUGACAAGUUAAAAACCUCAUUUGAGCAUGUUUGGUUUUCGGAUGACAUGGAAACAAGAGUUCAAUGCCAAGAAUUUAAAGGAUAUUGUGCUUUAAGAGGUAUCAACUACUUGCUGUCACAAAAAGAAAGUUUAAUUCCUAAGGAUUAUUUAGAAAAUUUUAAAAAAAAAUUUGAAAGAGUUUUUGAUCUUAUGAAAGAUGCAGUUUCACCCAAAGAACCGAUGGCUGUUAUCUGUCAUGGUGAUUUCAACAGAAAUAAUAUUGUCUUUAAAUAUUCAGAAGGAAAACCUACACAAGCUAUGCUUAUAGAUUUCCAAACAUAUUUGUACAGUUCUCCUUGUUUAGAUGUUAGUUUUUUUAUUUACAUGAAUACAACUCAGGAACUUCGAUCUUUACAUUUUGAUAAAAUUUUUAAACAUUAUUAUAUGAAUUUGAUAAAAGCAAUUUCCACAUUAACUCACGCUGAAGAACAAAAGAUUAUUAAUUGGAUUCCAUUUUGUUUAUUUGAAAAAGAAUUUGAAAGAACAUCAUUAAAUGCAUAUGUGACCAUAUCAUUUUUUAUGCCAAUUAUGAUGGCUCCAGUUUCGAAUUCUUUAGACGACAUUUUAAAAAGUAAAACUUUUAAGGAAAUGGCUGAAGAAAAUUAUAAUCAAGGCGGUGAUGUUGGUUUUAUAAUGGUGAAGUGA